CGCGGAUCAAAAACAGCACGGGUUCACUGCACCUGCUCUCGAGGCUGCAUGGUAGGCUACGUAAGAAAAGUGCAAAUGAACUACCGGCAGGAAACAGCAUCGAAACAGACAUAGGCUUUGGUCUUUGGUCUAUUAAUGAAAAACCACGUUCCGACUCGUGAUUGACGUCAGUUUGGUUUUGAGAUAUGGUAACGAGGACAGCAUACAGGAACAGAAAAGAGACACUUUAUACUCACCCUUUACUCGUACUUUUGCUGGUGAUUGGGGGCUUCAUCUGAGCUUUGCUUACUGGUGCACCAAUAAAAACCCAAGCAGUAGACCCAAACCUUUGAAGACUGAAAAUCCAGGGAGGAUGGACUGGAGAAUCUAUUGACUUCACAAUCACAAUUCAAGGAGGAGAAGGAGUAAGGGUUUCUGUUCCCUUCAUCAUUUCAAAACCUCCAAUCUCCAAUCAGGCAGGGAUCCAGAGUUGGCUACUCUAAGGACAGGCAUUUGUAUGGACAUGCUUAAUCUAUUUUUUGAAGAAGCAAAUUCCCACACAUGUAGAGAGUGGUGUAUGAUCCUCCACUCUGCCCAACACCACAUAGCUCCCCUGCAGGCGUAAAAUAAAGGAGUGGGGUGGAGAGCACAAAUAGAAAGUAUUUAACUGAAAAGCAAAGCGGUAAUCCGGAGGUAACACUGGACGUGGAGGAGACUGACCGAGCGAGGCUUGAAGCACCAUGCAGUCGGAUGACUUAUUCGUCCGCAAGUUCCGGCGGCAGAGUCCGCGACCGUCCCUCACUUCGAUCAGCUUCGACCCCAUGCGAGAUGGGGGCAGGUGCACUCCGCCCAUGGCGGAGUGGCCCCCUAAGCGAGAUGAGGACGGGACGGAGAUGGGGAACCUGACUCCCAGCCGCUUGGCUUCGAAACUGCGCUCGCCGGGCCGGAACCACGUCAUGCAGAGGAGGAACAGCGAUAUCACAUCGGGAGGCCUGGAUUCCUCGGGGUGGGCCGGCGUAAAUGCCGCCCAGGUAGGGGGCGAGAGGGCAGGUUUUGGGGGUGCGGGAGUGCAGGGGAACUUGGGGAUGGGGCUGCGCAGGGAGUAUGGAAGUCUGUCCUCGCUGGAGGAGCAGCCGCAAGGCCAGACUCAGAGUAUGGAGGAGCAGUGCCUCAGCCCCGCCGCUCUCCGCUUCAAGGACCCCUUCUUGCUGCUGGGCCUGCCGGCCACCGACCCCCAGCCCGACAGCUUCUUCCGCACCCUCUCCGCCCCUGCAGGGGACCCCCUGAAACCAGGCAAACCUCUGAAGCUGGAGCAACACAGCAAGAAGGCCAAGCUGUCCGGUGGACUCUGUCACUGCCAGGGCGGCAGCGUGUUGGUGCGAAGCCUCGCCCACUAUGACGUGCAGAGCAUACUGUUCGACCUGGCGGAGGUGGCCUCCAACCGGGACAGCAUCGGCCGCAAGACGAACAUCACCUCCGGGGCUUCUGCUGCCUCCCAGCUGCAGCUCCUAAACCAGGAGGCGCCCCCUUCGCCAUCUCAGGGCAGAGGCAGCGGGGGUGGCCGCGAGGACGCCGGGCAGUCCCUGGCGUCGCUGGACGAAGGCGACGGCAACGACUCCGACAUGCUGCUCAGCUGCCCCCAUUUCCGCAACGAGACCGGGGGUGAGGAGCAGGUGGGGCUCGGGUUGGCGCGGGGGCCGAGUGGGGUGACGCUAGGCCCGCAGAGCCCCAACGAUGCCAUUUCCGUCCUGGAGGAGCCCCGUGAAAGCCACGUGAAACGGCAGGACAAGAGCAACUACUUCAUCGAACACGCCGACCUUGGGGCUCUCUACUACCGCAAAUACUUCUACAAUAAAGAUCACCAGAACUUCUUUGGCAUUGAUGAUCGUUUUGGCCCUUUGGCGAUCAGCUUCCGUCGCGAGGAGAAGGAGAACCCCUGCGGUUCCAUGUACAACUACAGAAUCAUCUUUCGAACCACCGAGCUGAAAACCCUGAGGGGGUCUAUUCUCGAGGAUUCCGUGUCUUCGUCAGCCCGCAAUGCCAACCCCCGAGGCCUCUCACCCAGGAAGCUUCUGGAGUACAUCUUCCCAGAGCUGAACCUGCACUGCCUGCACCUGGCCUCCAACUCCCCCAAGGUCCAGAGCACCCUGCUGAAACUGGACGAGCAAGGGCUGAACUUCCAGAGAAAGGUGGGGGUGAUGUACUGCAGGGCUGGCCAGAGCUCGGAGGAGGACAUGUACAACAACGAGAGUGCUGGACCGGCCUUUGAGGAGUUCCUGGACCUGCUCGGGGAACGUGUUCGCCUUCAGGGUUUUGACAAGUACAGAGCCCAGCUGGACAUCAAGACGGACUCCACUGGCACCCAUUCCCUCUACACGCGUUACCAGGACUACGAGAUCAUGUUCCAUGUGUCCACCAUGCUGCCCUACACUGCCACAAACACACAACAAUUACUGCGGAAGAGACAUAUUGGCAACGAUAUAGUGACAAUUGUCUUCCAGGAACCGGGAGCUUUGCCCUUCACUCCUAAAGUUAUUCGCUCCCAUUUCCAGCAUGUCUUCAUCAUUGUCCAAGUCCACAAUCCCUGCACUGACCACACCUAUUACAGGGUGGCUGUCACACGCUCCAAGGACAUUCCGCUUUUCGGGCCUCUGUUCCCCAGUGGAGCGCGCUUCCCCGGUUCCCCAGCCUUCCGGAACUUUCUGCUGGCGAAAGCAGUGAACGCGGAGAGUGCGGCGGAGAAGUCGGAGAAGUUCCGCUCCAUGGCCACGCGGACGCGGCAGGAGUACCUGAAGGACCUGGCCGAGAACUACGUCACCACCACGGCCCUCGACUCCUCCAACAAGUUCCCCCUGCUCUCUCUGGGCAGCAAGCGCAAGGAUAAGCUGAAAGGGGCCAAAGGGCUGGAGCUCCACAGUGCCGGGGCUCUGGUGUGGAUGGUGACCGCUACGGGGGACGGGGCUGCCGAACAGACACUACCCUGCCUGCUGGCCGUGUCCUCCGAAUCGGUGGUGCUGAUCGAGAGGGGCAGCCGCAUGGUGGUGUUCAACUGCUGCUGCCGCGACGUUAUUGGCUGGAAGGUUGUGACAGAAGGCGGGACCAGGAAUGGGCCCUCCCUGGACAUCUUUUAUCACAGGGGGCAGUCUGUGUCCAUCAGCUUGCCCGGUGGCCAAUCAGAGGACAUCCGAGAAGUGGUGCAGAGGCUUGAGCUGGUGACGACAGGCUGCGAGGCGUGGGAGCUGACCCCUCUGCGGGACGCGGUGGGCCAGCCGGGCUUCCUGCUGACCGAGGAGGGCUUCGUGCUGGAUGUGCAGCGAUUCAGCUACGCGGAGAAGGGGGGCCUCCUGCGGGGCUCCAGGGUGGUGCGGCUCUGCGGUCGGCCCCUGGUCUCCCUCCCCCUGGAGGAGAGGGGCGCGCUGAUGCGCACCGCGCCCAAGAUCCAGCUCACCGUCAUCCCCCCGGACAAAGACGGCAAGCCCCGCAGGAGUUUUUCAGAGCUGUACCAGAAGGCCAACCAGGAUGUGGAAUGCAGGGUUGGGGAGGGGCAGCCGGGCGAGGCCUGGGUGAUUGAUGCGGGGGAUGAAGAGGUCAAAGGGCAGAGAGAGCGGGGCGAGGGCAAGGAGGCGCUGCCAGGCAGACAGGGGAAAACCAGCGCUGAAUUUGGGCGCAAAACCUCCUCCUCUAGCCUACCCCUCCUUCGAGCCACCUCCCUACAGGAAAGUGCCCCAGUUCAGCCCACCAAAAUGGCCACUCGCUCGCUGACACGUUCUUACUCAUUCGAGACCUGUCAGGACUCUAUUGAUGGGCAUGUGUAUGACAAUGUCAGAGUGGGAAGCCACAUCUACGAGAAUGUGUGGGAGAUGCGUAAUACCACACCAGACCUUAUCCGGGCACUGAACCCCAAGGCCUCCAUAGAGGAGGAAGAGGAGGAGCUACAGAAACAGUUUGUGGGAAUGGAAUUGAGUAAGGAGCAGCCCUCGGCCAGCGACCCCUUCCAGCAGUCUACUUCUCCCACAUGCUCGGACAGGGCAGAGCGGAGAAUCAGCGCCCAAAAUCUGCAAAAAAUCUCCAGGAUCUUGUCAGAGAAUGCUGAUCCCACUGAGGAAGAAUGGCAGUCCAUCACAGAGCUGAGCACCGCCUGCCGAGGCCUCCUGGAGGCGCUGUCCCAGGAAGAGCAUAAACCUGGUGAAGGAAGGCUGGCUGUUGGAGACUGCCCUGCCAUGGGGGGAAACACAGACAUCAGGAUGAGUGACCUUAACGACAGUGACUGUGCCGGCCAUCUGGAAGAGAAAGUGUCCCAGCUGGAGUACUUGCUCAAGAAAUUACAGAAUGACCUGCGAAAGACAGACAAUCAGAGGGAGGGACAACAGAGCAUAGAGCCUCAUCUUCAAUUUCACGAGAAGAAGGACAAGGAGGUGCUGCAGGCUGAGGUUCAACGUCUGCGGCAGAACAACCAGCUGCUCCAGGAGGAGUCCCAGAGCACCGUGGCCCGUCUCAUCAAGGUCACCGAGCUCAUGUGCAAGAUCAACAAGCCCUGCUAGCUUCCCCGCAAACACCUUGCAUGCACACCUUACGGCAUUCCUGAUAAAUACUGGCCCACUGAGAUCCCAGCGUGGACACUUGGCUUCCCUCCUUUCCAUGCGCAUCAACCCUGUGUCCAUAGGCAUAAGCCAUUUGAUUUUAUUUGACAUCUGACAACUGAUCUCAACACGAUGGAGGUUCUGUGAUCUCACAAAGCCUCUAAGUCCCCCUAUAGGUCUGGUGUUUGUAACAGGAACCCCUUCUAGAAACUUCUCUCCCUCUUUCUGUCCUAACCACUGUGUUAACGAAAGUUUCACUUUCUCCCAGACUUAGAGACGGUUAGAGGGGGUUUCGAAGGGUUCGAGACACUUCUCAACCCCCUCUGCCCGUUUCACUUUCUCCCAGACUCAGAGACGCUCAGAGGGGGUUUAGAAGGAGAUGUGAUUUCAGGUUUUCCUCACCCACAGACUGAGCCUUCUCAAUAAGGCACACUAAGCAGUCUUCCCGUCUGCUUAGUGUUGUGGUUGUGGUGGCAGGGGGGUCACAUGGGACUGAUACAGGAAGUGUGAUCUGUGAAACAAGUAAACCCUCUCUAGCCUGCUGUAUCAACAAAAGUGACAGAUGUGCUUCCACUGCUGAGAAAAUAAUUAGGCAAAAUGGGGAAGCAAUUCACACGGACAGACCACAAACUGCCUUCGUCUGAGAGACAUAAAGAGGCGAAAAGGACACAACACCCCUGAACAUUGGGACUCAAAGCACAAGGUGUCAUAGACCCCUUAAUCAGUAAAUAUACCUGAGCCAUUCAUUAUUUUAUUCUCAUGCUGCAAACGAUGAUAGAUACAUACCCAGGAAUACCAGUGUACCAUUAUUUUAAAUGGACUCGCCUCUACAGAAGAUUUUAAAUGGACUCGCCUCUACAGAAGCUGUCCAAGUCAUGAACUUGACGGAAAGUCGAAAGUGAAGUUCAGCUUGAUAAGUUUCCCGGUGUGCUGCGGGCUCCGUGUGCUGUCCUAUGGCAGAGGGUGUUUGUGUAUGAUGAACAAAGAAAAAUUAAUUCAGCAAUUCAAAGUAUGGCCACCGGAUACAGUGGUUUGGGGCUGGUGCCACUUAACCAAGGAUGUUUGCUCACUGCGGAAGAUGCUAGAAUUCUCCUCUGAGGUCAUAAACCUUCUGUGAUGCUCUUUCAUUCCAGCUCAGUUGCGUAUCCACUUCACAAAUGAGCGAUUCAAAUGCUUAAAAAUCAAAUGCUUAAAGCUAAAUAAGAUUCUCAGUGUAUCUGUAUGUUGAAUGUACUUUUGUAAUUUUGUCGAAUAUCCAUUUUAUUUUCCUAACUGUGAAUGCCUGGUACCGAUAAAUGAAAUCUGUGAAGAUUACGUUAUUACUGAAAUUACAUAUCAGACAUAAAAGAAUAUGUAUAUUUUAUGUGUUCAGUUGCCUAUGCCCUCUCAAGUGGGACAAUUGUGAUGACUGAAUUAAAUUAGCAAACUAAGUGUUUAUCCAUGAGCAAAGUGGCAAUGUAUAAAAAUAUAAUAGAUGUGACUGUACAGUAUUUGGUCUGUCGGAAGUUACUGAAGCUGAGAAUGCAUCAAACUUCUGAGUUCUCAGACAGUAUAUGAAUUUCCAUAUUUUAAAUAAUAAUCAAAAUGUAACCUAUCAUCUCACAAACUUGGGAUUCAAUUGCUGAGAAUUGUUUUUAACACUGGAUGACUCUUGAUAUUCAUGCUGCAAUGUGGAGGGAAUUUUCUAUUUUUUGUAAAAGCAAAUAUAAAUUGUGCAGGGUUUAAGUUGCAAUCCAGAUGUAGUUUGUUUCAUUGAGUUUAUGUAAUUUCUGUUUGCUUUAUUACAAUAUUUAGAGAUAGAGUGCUUGUAGCCAUGUGUAGUUUGCGUAUUGCAUUUUCUUCCCUUGCUUUUACUCCAUUGAAGUAUCACUGUGCUGACUUGUCAAAGGAGUCACACGAGAUGCACAAACUGCACAUUCCCCUUCACCAAAGCAGCUGACUCCCCAUUAAAAUCAGCCAAAGCAAAAAGAAGAAAGCUUAUUAAUUUAAGCAGAGUUCUUAACCACUGACAUAUGGAAUGUAGGCAUCAACAAUGAGUGAUUCUUACCUGGCUAAUGUGUAACAUUCUACACGUAUUCUAACCUGUGCCUAACAUUGGGGCAGCCUGUAGCCUAGUGGCUAAGGUACAUGACUGGGACCCGGAAGGUGCCCUGGUGUCAAGACAAUAAGAUCUGCACAGCUGUUGGCCCCUUUAGCAAGGCCCUUAACCCUGCAUUGCUCCAGGGGGAUUGUGCCCUACUUUAUCUAAUCAACUGGAUGAAAGUGUCAACUAAAUAACAAAUUAUUAUUAGUAUUAUUAUUAUUAUUACAUUGUAAACAUUGCUGCAACCACCCAACAAGCUCUUAAAGUAAUUUAUGUUAGCUGGAUCAGAAAUAAACAGGGGAACUGUACCCUACCAUGGAUAAUGUAGCCAAUUAGCACUGUGGUGCUAAUUACAGUUAUUUCAUUUUUCAUGUUUAUUUAUCCUGUUAUCAUCACACUUCUAUACAUUUCAAUAGACAAGACAGGAACAGUGAUAUGAUUCUGAAGGAUAAGGCUUUGUACAUACCUCAUAGUCAUUGAACAAACCAUCAUAGCUUUGCUUGAUGUGUAAUUUAAGUGAAAUUCUGAAAUGGUUGCACUGAGGUGACAGGACUUAUUUGCUAAAAUACUGUUCAAGCUGGGAAGAUUUUGUCAGCAUUUGAGUACUUCAGAUGUAUGCGUUUGUGUGUCCACAGUAAUCAGAUCAGUAAACUAUGUAAUGAUGACGUUCUUAGUUUGCCAUGACAGUAGAGUGUGGCACAUGCAUAUUAUUGCUAUCAGGUACUCUGUGACUAAACAUUGAGUGUUUUACCCAUGUGCACUGAUGCCAGGAUUCGAAGAGCUGCUUUUAUCUGGGUUAGGUUGUUCGCCCUCUUGUUUAUUUUCCGGUGGAUAAUCAAUUGAUCCUGCAUACAUAUACAUAUGAACUGAAGGACUGUCAGCAAUAAAGAAUCUUGGCUAUAUCUAAGAA